GGUCAACGAGUCACGAGGACAUUACGGGCCGUCUUGUUUGAUGGUGAGUUGCCGCGUACCCUGCCCACCCAGCGGGUCCUAUAUUGAUGAUUUCAUAGCUUCGUACAUCCCUCGGGAGGAGCGUCCUCUUCGGACCUGAGCACUCUUCUAUAUCCCCAGGAACUCAUACAUACCGCAGUCUCCGCCACAAGGGCGACGGUCCCAUCUUGGGCAUUGUGCACGACGGACUAGAACCCAACCCUGGCCCGUAUCCAACAUUUGUCAUCGGCCUUGUUUGUGAUUCCAGCCGUGCUGCCAAAGAUCCUGAACCGGAUCCACCGUGGCCCCGUUAUACUACGCCAGAACCGGGCAAAGCAUCAGACGGUUCGGCUGUUGCCUGGUUCAUCACUAAGGCCAGGCUUGAUGACCUUCAUCACGUACGGGUCUCGAGAGACUCAACGAAGAGUCAUAACCCAUGUAUCGGCAUGCUGCUUUGCUACAAGGACGGACAUAUGGAAUCUGUGGGCCAGGUGCGCUGGAAUCUGAAGAUGGAACAGGAUACCCGUACCCCUGUGGCUAUUUCGACUGACGUUUGCGACGGUGCAAAAUAUGUGAAAGACAUUGUGCCUUGCAGUCCGCGGAGCCUUCCACUAAAUGCCCUGCCUGAUAAUGGGACAGUUGUCUGGUGGUUUAGUACUUACGGCGACGAGGUUGGCAUCUACAGAUAGUACGUGUUUUAUUUUCUUACGUUCAGCUUCGUUUAUUUGCAUGCUUUCUUCUAUUAGACGUAGACACUCUAAGUACCCGUCUCGCAUAGUAUCAAUAAAAGAUUACCAUACUUG